AUUUGUGAUAAAGCAGAAACAUCACGACUAAGCCUGUCUUGUAGUAGAUGGCUAGCUAGAAGUUAUCCCAUUCAUUUUCUCUAAAGGGUAUUUUCAAGAAUGCCACCCAAGGGGAAAGGUGCCAAGGAUGGGGGGAAUUUGCCAAUGGAGGCAAAGGUUACUUUAUUCAUCGCUAAAUUGACUAGGUGGAACUGCUGCAGGGGGUGGAGACAAAGAAAAAAGGAAGAGAAGACGAUAAAAGGAGGCACUUCUGUUAAGGUCAGACAUAUCCUGUGUGAGAAACAUGGUAAAUGCAUGGAGACGAUGGAGAAACUGAAGUCCGGGGUUCGCUUCAGUGAAGUGGCCUCCCAGUACAGUGAAGACAAAGCCAGACAAGGGGGUGAUCUGGGCUGGAUGACAAGAGGUUCUAUGACUGGACCCUUCCAGGACGCUGCCUUCGCCCUACCCAACAGCACCAUGGACAAACCCAUUUACACAGACCCUCCCGUCAAGACCAAGUCUGGCUACCACAUCAUCAUGGUGGAAGGGGAGAUCCACUACUCUUCACGGUGUCACGAACCGGCUCGUAGACUGUAACAAAGAGGGAGAUAACAUGGAGAUCAAGGAAUCACAAAUAUAUUUAUUUACUAAAGUAAACUAUAUAUAAUUAAAAAUGGUGUGUAAUCAGUAGUAUAAGUGAGUGAAUGUGUGAAUAGAUGGUGAUAAGGGGUGUUGAGGUGCCAAAACAAACAAGCCAUAACCAAAAAUAACAGCGUGUCUGCGUGGAGAUAGUCUCCUCAAUGAAUGGGGGAAAGUUGUAUUUAUCACCCGGGCCACACCCGAGCCCAGGUGUGUCCCAUUUCGCUGACGACCCUCCGCCCACCAACAUCCUAUUAAGGAAAACGAGAGCAAAGAGAAAGAACGGCAGACAGAGUGGGAGGGUCGUCAUCACUGACACUGAGACACUGCGUUCUCUCGGAGGAGAUGGCACAAUCCAUCAAUUGUUGUUUAAUUUCUCUGCCUGCCUUCAUUUCUUGCAUAAUUUUUUUCAUGUCCUAGUAAUGACACAACAAAAGCUAACAAUGAAAUGCUCUGUAAAGAGAGACACACAGACUAAUAAGACUUGGGACUCCCGAGUGGAGCAGCGGUCUAAGGCACUGCAUCUCAGUGGUUCAAUUCCAGGCUGUAUCACAACCAGCCGUGAUAGGGAGUCCCAUAGGGUGGUGCUCAAUUGGCCCAGUGUCGUUUGGGUUUGGCCGGGGUAUGAUGUCAUUGUAAAUAAGAAUUUGUUCUUAACUGAAUUACCUAGUUAAAUUAAGGUAAAAAAUGAACUAAAAAUUUACUUCUGUCUGUACAUAAAAGGACACAGGGGCCUCCUGAGUGGCGCAGUGGUCUAAGGCACUGCAUCGCAGUGCUAGUUGUGCCACUAGAGAUUCUGGGUUUGAGUCCAGGCCUCUGUCACAGUUGACCGGGAGACCCAUGGGGCGGCGCACAAUUGGCCCAGCGUCGUCCGAGUUAGGGGAGGGUUUGGCCUGCAGGAAUGUCCUGCCAGCCAAAGACAAAGGACACAGGCUAAUAAGACGUAUGUACUCCUGUCUGUACAUAAAGGGUGGUGAAAUGUGUACACUGCUGGUCAAUUAAACAUUGUAAAUGUCCAGGGGUGAAUGGGUAUGGGACACCCAAGUGAGAGCACAGGUUUUUUUGAGUAAUACAAAAAAUACAGGGUAGCCUACUCUGCGGUCACUGGCAAACAGAUCAAUAAAAACAAGGUUGUCUGAUCCAUAUAAUCGGCCUACGAGACAAAUCAAAUUAUUGUUGUCCAAAAACAAAGCGUCACUCUGUCACUAACACAAUGAUAAAGAUAGUGAAUAUGCACAUUCACUGGGGAUAUGGCCGGUGUUCUCCGCUGGUGCCAGAUAAGAUAAGCUACUGUUCGCUCAAGUAAAAUAAGAUUAUUGAAAAUACAGAUUGGAGUGUUUUCAUUGUCAUAGCUUUACAGCAAUAGCCAUUUGCUUUCCAAACAGUUUUUCUGUGAUUGUAUUUUUAAAUAUUGCGAUAUGCCUGGCUGGGUCUCUGCUUUUCACUGACAGUCGUAAUUCAACAAUCAUCUACACUGAACAAAAAUCUAAGCGCAACAUGUAAUGUGUUGGUCCCAUGUUUCAUGAGCUGAAUUAAAAGAUCCCAGAAAAUGUC